CGAUUUUUCAGUUCAACUUCCAUCGCCGAGUCAAAUGGUGGUUCCACUGCGUUUCGCUGCAAGUUGCCGUGGUUCGUUCUUUUGUCGCUCGUCCGAUAGUGCAGUCUUCCUGCCCGGGAGCCGUCCACGAUGGUCCAAUUCGACUGGCGGCGUAUGUGUCGCAAGAAGCGAAAGGUUCCUCAGGGCGGUGCUAUCCUGGAUCAAGUGAUUUCCCAGUCGGCCAAUGCUUCUAAUCAGUGCUUGCUGUAUAAGAUGGCUAAUUACAAACGGGGUGGAGAUUUGAUCGAUGCGUUCCAGGUCGGAGGGCAGAAGGCCGUGGAGCAGUUGAUUCGGGAGCAGUUUGGAGUUUUUAUGUACAACAAUGGCCGCGGACAGAUCAUCAAUAGGGCCGAGUAUCUACGGUGGAAGUACAUGGAUAAUCAUGAGGUCGUCAUCCCGAUUGAGGCGUCGUUGUCUCCGCAUGAUCCUUUGGGCAAAUGGGUCGAUCAUAAGGCCUGCUGGCAGAUGCAGUAUCGUGGAUUGCUGGGCGAGAGUUUGCUGCACGUGUUGAUCAUCUGCGAUACGAAGAUUCACACGAAGUUGGCCCGCAUCCUGCUGCGCGUGUUCCCCGAGCUGUCGAUCGACGUGAUGGAAGGCGAGGAGUACCUGGGCGCUAGUGCACUCCACUUGGCGAUCGCGUACAGCAACAACGAGUUGGUGGGCGAUCUGAUCGAUGCCGGAGCGGACGUGUCCCAGCGCGCCAUCGGACGGUUCUUCCUUCCACGGGAUCAGCAGGGCUUGAAGCCGGCCAAGAACACCGACUACGAGGGGUUGGCCUACUUGGGCGAGUAUCCGCUGGCGUGGGCCGCCUGCUGCGCCAAUGAGUCCGUCUAUAACCUGCUGCUGGAAUGCGGGGCGGAUCCGAACGCGCAGGACAGCUUCGGGAACAUGAUUCUGCACAUGGUCGUCGUCUGCGAUAAGCUGGAUAUGUUCGGGUAUGCCCUUCGUCAUCCGAAGCUUCCCUGUAAAAAUGGGAUCGUCAAUGAGUCCGGACUCACGCCGUUGACCUUGGCCUGUCGAUUGGGUCGUGAUGAAGUGUUCCGUGAGAUGUUGGAGUUGUCGGCGAGGGAGUUUUGGCGGUACAGUAACAUCACCUGUUCCGGAUAUCCGUUGAACGCAUUGGACACGUUGAUGCCCGACGGAACUACCAAUUGGAAUUCGGCGCUGUUUAUCAUCCUCAACGGAACCAAGGAAGAGCAUUUGAACAUGCUGGACGGUGGCAUCGUGGAACGUCUGCUGGACGAGAAGUGGAAGACGUUCGCUCGGAACCAGUUCAUCAAGCGACUGCUGAUCCUCGCUCUGCAUCUGUUCUGCUUGUCGUGCUCGGUCUACUUGAGACCGGUGCGAGUUUUCAAGGAGGAGAGUGAAGAGGGAAGCGAUGGAGGAGAUGGAGUGGGUACAGCUGCUCCGGACGGUGUCGAUGAUGAUGAGGACAUUGAUUUGACGACCUGGUUCCGGUAUGGAUUCGAGAUCGCAACCGUGAUGGGAGUACUGAGCUACGUGGUUCUUCAACAGGGUGAUGAGAUCAAGAAUCAGGGAUUGAUCUCGUUUAUAAAGUCACUUGGAAAUGCUCCGGCGAAAGCUAUCUUCCUGAUCUCCAAUCUGAUGAUCUUGGCUUGCAUCCCGUUCCGAAUGAUGGGUGACGUUGAACACGAGGAGGCCAUUCUGUUGUUCGCAGUCCCAGGAUCAUGGUUCCUGCUGAUGUUCUUUGCUGGCGCCAUCGGCUUAACAGGUCCCUUCGUCACCAUGAUCUUCUCUAUGAUCACGGGUGACAUGUUCACCUUCGGCAUCAUCUACAUGAUCGUUCUGUUCGGAUUUUCCCAGGCGUUCUACUUCCUGUACAAAGGUCAUCCGGAAGCGGAGGAUUCUCCAUUUGGGAGCUACUUCGGCACUUGGAUGGGCCUGUUCCAGACAACCCUCGGCGAUUACGAUUACGCCGACUUGAAUCUUACGACCUACCCGAACCUGGCGAAAACCGUGUUUAUCAUAUUCAUGAUCUUCGUGCCGAUCCUGUUGUUGAACAUGUUGAUCGCUAUGAUGGGCAACACCUACGCGUACGUCAUUGAGCAAGCUGAAAAGGAAGGCAUGAAACAGUGGGCCAAGAUCGUGGUCAACCUGGAGCGGGCGGUCAAGCAGGAGGACGCCAAAAAGUACCUGGAGGAGUACUCGAUCGGGUUGGGACCGUCGGAUGAUCCGAGGUACGAGAUCCGUGGAGUCAUGGUCAUCAAGAGCAAGAGUAAGACCCGUGCCAGGCAGCGCAAGGGAGCGGUAAGUAACUGGAAGAGCGUUCUGCGUGUCACGUUGAACGAGCUGAAGAAGCGUAACAUGACCGGCGAGGAGCUGCGGAGGAUCAUGUGGGGACGAUCGUCGAUCACUUCUCCGGCCAAGAUCUCCAAGAAGAAAAAGAUCUACGAAGAGGAGGACCCCUUCGCCAUCACCAAUGCUAUCGAUGUGAUGUCCUUCACGCAGGACAUCGUCAUGGUAAGUAGCGAACCGACCGGACCGCCCACAAUCGACCCCUCCAAACCGGCGACGAUCGCCGUCAAGCCCCAAACGGCACCCGCAGCGCAACCGAUCCCGGAGAUUCCUCCUCAACCGCCGCUGGUCAAACGGCAGUCCGUGGUUAGUGCUCCGCCGGCCUACGACGAUUUCCCCCCGAUGAAGGACUACAAGGAUCCCCUGCGGGAGCUGGUCAUCAUCUCGGAGUCGCCCUCGGUGGACGACCAUUACGUGCAGAGCUGCAAGACCCUCGCGAAUGAUGCGUCCACCCUGGAUCACGUGCACGAGAUCAACCUGACCAAGCAGAACCAGCUCCGGCAGGAGGAACAGAAGCAACAACAACAGCAGACCUUGGGUCAGUUAAAUCCCUUCCUGGAGGCGAAGGACGUGGUCGAUCCGGUGAAGGAACGCGAGUUUCUCAAAACACUGGAGGCCCUGGAGGACACCGACAGCGAAGCGGCCGAAAAGCCGGUCCUGGGCAAGAUCUCCCUGAUACGACGCGCCAAGUCAGCCGUCUCGAGAACCACUUCCAGGAAGAAGAAAACCGACCAGCAUCCGCUGUUCACGAUCGCUUGGGAUGACAAGAACCUGACCCGGACCCAUCCGGAGGACUUUGGAGCGCUGAACACGGCCUACGAGUACAGUGCCGAAGAUUUCAAGCAAGACGUGGACGAGGAAGCGAGGGAGGAGGAGGAAGACGAGGGUGUGACGGUGGAGGAAGUGCACCGCCGAAUGGAAGAGCUGCACCAUCGCGGCCGGGCUUCCUUGGAGCGGGACAGCAACUCGACCGAGAGCAGCAAGAAACAUCCGCACAGGAAGCGGCAAGGUAUGGGCCGAGGUCGGAACAACAAGGUGUCGCCGGAUACGUCCAACGAGAGCGUAUCCGGCAAGAAGGACAAACGGAUGAAGUCGGCGCCGACGGGUGGAGGUGGAGUUCGUCAUCGGCAGCUUAUGGACCAGGAAACGGGAGGGACCUCGCCACCGGAUCCACUGGAACCAUGGAGCACAAGGGAUAUUUGCAACAUUAAUAAACUUUUGGACACCGAUACGCAGGAUGAGUAAAUCUUGGUCUGUAUUGAUUUGCGGUAGUAAGAAUUUCGUCAGAAGUUUGAAGUUUUAUAACUUUGUAUUGUAUUGCACCGUUUGCAGUUUACUUUAAAAGUUUUGAGCACAUGG